CCAAGCCCUGGAGGAAAGGAAAACACAAAGCAGGCCGAGAGGAUCAGCCUCUGCAGGAAACGGCCGCUGCCGUCGCAUCACCCAGUUUACACGCACAGCCGAGCUGCAGUUUCCUCGCGGAACACCGAAAGGAAGCCGCACGCCUGCCAGUUCGCCGCCGCCGCCGCCGCCAUGGCCCAGUUCUUCUCGCUGGCCGAUUGUGAAGUGAUCGGUUUCGAUUUGGACCACACGCUCUGUCGCUACAACCUGGUGGAGAGCGCCCGGCUUAUAUAUGACAGCUUUGCUCAAUAUAUGGUGAAAGAAAGAGGAUAUGAUAAGGAACUACUGAAUGUGGUCCCUGAAAACUGGGAUUUCUGCUGUAAGGGCUUAGUGCUGGACCUGGAAGAGGGGAACUUUCUUAAGCUUGCAGAGGAUGGAACCAUUUUGAGGGCAAGUCAUGGUACAAAACAUAUGACCUCUGGAGAGAUUUUGGAGAAGUACGGAAGGAGGGAGUGGAAACACUUUAAGACAAUGAGUGGGAUGGUUUCUCGUUCAGCUAAAUAUUAUGCCUAUGACAAUUACUUUGAUCUACCUGGGUCACUUCUUUGUGCACGGAUUGUGGAUGGUUUAAACAAACACAGCCCUAGGAGAAAAUAUGACUUCUGGAAGGAUAUGGUUGCUGCCAUACAGUAUAAUUAUAAAACUUCUGCUUUUAAAGAAAACUGUGGAAUAUAUUUUCCUGAAGUGAAAAGCAACCCAGAAAAAUAUAUACAGUCUUGUCCUGAUUCUGUCAAAAAAUGGUUAAGAAGAUUGAAGAACAGUGGAAAGAUUCUGUUAUUAAUUACUAGCUCUCAUUGUGACUACUGCAGACUGUUAUGCGAGUACACCUUAGGGAAUGAUUUUGCAGACCUUUUUGACAUUAUAAUCACAAAUGCCCUGAAACCUGGUUUCUUUUCUCAGACACCAAAUCAAAGACCUUUCCGGACUCUGGAGAAUGAUGAGGAACAAGAGGCUCUCCCAACCCUGGGCAAACCUGGCUGGUACUCCCAGGGUAACUCAACCCAUUUGUGUGAGUUGCUGAAGAAGAUGACUGGCAAAGUAGAACCAAAGGUCGUUUACUUUGGUGAUAGCAUGCACUCAGAUAUUUUCUCAGCUCAUCACUAUUGUAACUGGGAGACUGUCCUUAUCUUAGAAGAGCUUAGAGGGGAUAAUGCUGUGGUGCCUACAGAGUCAGUGUCUGAACCCUUAGAGAAGAAAGGAAAGUAUGAGGGACAUCAACCCAAAGCUCUCCAUUCUGUUUCUAAACAGUGGGGUUCUUUCUUUGUGGAUACUAUUUCAGGAAAGGAAGAUGCAGAGGAAAUCUUAGUAAAUACAUGGUCUUGCAAAUCUGUUAAUACUUACAGCACAAUUACAAUCCCAAGCAUUGAAGCCAUAGCAGAUUUACCACUGGAUUAUCAAUUUGCCAGAUUUUCCUCAAAUAGCUCAAUAACUGCUGGUUACUACCCCAAACCUCCAAGGUCAUUAUUAUCAAGUGGCUGUACUGGGAGUCAAAAACCCCUGGAAGAAGGCAAUGGCAGAUCACUACCGUACUGUUGUCAAAUAAAUUUCAUGGAUGUGUUGAGCUUCACUUGAAGAAGAUUAUUAUGAUGAUGAUUAAAAUUAUUUCCUUCUUUGAAAUUAGGCUACACUGAAAAUUCUUCUGUUUAGCAGAACUUGAUAUUGCUGUCCCCCCCACCUACCCCCAUCAAACAACACAUUAUAUUUCCAGGACAGAAAAUCAGAACUAUUAAACCAUUUACAAUGCACUUUUCUACU